ACAGGGAUGUGGGGAUUGGGGUGAGCCUGGCUUAGGAGAGCAGGACCUUCUGCUGCAGUCCAUCCCACUGCCGGUGGGGUGGGCAGCCAUCCCUCACCACUCGCCGUAGCAGAGACUGCUCAGCCCAGCAGCAUCCAGCCCUCCUGGGGCUGACACACAGCAAGAGAAAGCUGGAUACUCCCAGCCACUCCUCUUGUGCCUGCAGGAGCUGGUGACUGGGCUCCUUCUCGGCGUGCUCAAGGGGAUGUUUAAUGCAACCGGACGCCUCACCUCCCACAGCGAGCCACGACACGCCGGUGACAGCCCGGACGACAGAGGCACGGCAUGGUCUCCUCCUCAGAUCCCGUUACAAUGGAAAUUCCCCCCAAGAGCCCUGAUGGGAGUGAGAAGUCUCCUCAGUCCAAGGAGCUGCUGACCAGUAACACGGCCAGCACCCUCUGCAUCAGCUCCCGGAGCGAGUCUGUCUGGACCAGCGCAUCCAGAAGCAAGUGGGACAUAUACCACAAGCCCGUCAUUGUCGUGUCUGUUGGAGCAGCCAUCUUCCUCUUUGGGAUUGUCAUCACCAGCCUGUCUUGCAUCCAAAUCAAGAACAAAAACGUCUACAAAAUGUGUGGCCCGGCUUUCCUGUCCUUGGGACUGAUGCUUCUCGUUUGUGGCCUUGUCUGGAUCCCCAUCAUCCGGAAGAAGCAGAAGCAGAGACAAAAGUCACAGUUUCUGCAGAGCCUCAAGUCUUUCUUCUUUAACCGCUGAGGGCAGACCAGGACCUUCCUGGGAAGGCUCCCCUCCCCUCUACCCACCUGUGUUGGUUAGCCAUAAAAAGAAACAAGUUCUUGUACUCUCCUAGAGGGUUUCAUCCCAGUAAGUCUCUUCCCUCCAGGUGAAACACCCUGCAGCAGCCUCCAGUGUGAAAAUGAACUUUGUAUUUCACGCCAGGAAAAAAGAGAGCAGGAUUUUGCAGCUACAGCCAUCAAGGCACAUCUGAGCUCUCUGCAUCACUCUCCUGUCCAAUGAGCAACCCAACAACACUUAUCAGGGAAAAGCAAAGCUCCUAACUUGUCUCCACCCAGUAGCUUCUGCAAGAUACAUCAGCAGGGAUGAGCCAACCGACUACAGUGUGAGGAAAGCCUGGUGUGAACAUUGCUGAUUGCAAACUGCAGUUCAGAUGUAGAAACUGGGAGGCCAGACAUGGUUCAUCCAGAGUUAGUGGAGAGGAGAAGGAGGACAAUGUAAUUCCAGACCACUUUCUAUCAGAGGAGGCCACCAGAACAGACAACACACAUCACCAAAGCUUAGGAAGACCAGAUGCCGUGCCCAUGGCCAGAACUUCCCCAUCAUUGAUCUGUUACAGUGGCUGGCUGAGACAUGGCUGCAAACUGGAGCUCACUCCUUGCUCAGCAUGGAGCAUUUGCAAGCUUUAUUUAUUGCUGGAAAGGGUGAGGGGAAGGAGCAGAAUCACAAGCAUCCCCUCUAGCAGAGGGUGUUUAAGAAAGGCUGCAGGGGCAAAUUUGUUUGCCACAUGUGUCCAUUUGCCCUGCUGUUAUCUUCCAGAGCCACCCAUAAACCCUAACCAUCAGCUUAUUCGUGCAACCAGAAUUGGACCACAGGCAAGAGAGACAGGUUCAUUAUCUCCACCAUUCCCUUUAUGCCUUUAAUAAAUGCGUGCCCUAAAGCAAUUCACCAAGGAAAGCACAGAUCCUUUCCGCAUGGUUUUUGCUUUAAUUUUAUAUUUUCAGCAUGCCUGAUUUACUUUAAAAGACAAAUGUGAAACACAAAUUCCCAGUCUGAAGAACUGGUUUCAGUCUGGACAGCAAGAUCUAGGUUGAAAUAAAUAGGCCCAUAAUGUCCAGCUCAGAGUUCCGGAUUCAGGCGCUGGUGAGAGUCUGAUUUUUCAGAAGUGCUGAUCCAGUCCGGACCCCGCAUCUUCAUCGGUCCGGUGAGACUCCCCAGCACAGUGAGCACUGGCUCAAAGGCCCUGACACCCGCUGCGGGGUGAGGAUGUGGUCGGUGCUGAUCAGAAGCCGAGGAAGAGCACAGAAGAUAAGACCCCACCAAGCUCCUCUUUGUAGCCUACACCUCCUCAGGGAAGCCGAGGCAGACCCGUUGCUCUUCCAAGUGCCGUGGGAGGCAGAGAGGCUGGCAGGAGGUGCACUGAGAGAAUUUACAAUGGGUUUGCUCUUUGAUUUCAGACAGACAGGGUAUGAUAAGCUCCAUCAGAUGCUGACGAGAGGAAGCUCAUGCGAGCCCUCAGCUCCCUCUAACCCAGUAUCUCACAUCUCCCAACAGCUGCCAAGGAACUCUGGAGAAAAGCACAAGGACUGGGGCACACAGACAAUAGCCCUUCUCCUGGUUAGUGUCCACCUCCCAGCUAACAGCAGCUCAGGGCCAAGGCAGACAUCGCUCCAGACCGCUGUUUACAGCCACCAAUACAGCCAACAUGCCCACCUCCUCCUGUUUUGACCACUUUUUCACAUCAGUUUGUACUUUCAUUCUCUGCAACAUCCUGGAGCCACAAUUCCUUCAAGGUCUCUAAUUUUCCAGACACACUGGAAGCUCUGCAUGGCAUCAGGAGACACGGCAAAAGCAGAGGGCAACAGAUCCUGCUGCUCGGGGCCAGCAGGCACCCAACAGGCCAGUUAAAAGGGAGAUGUGUUCUCCGUAGUCAAAUAUCAUGAAUCUGUAGCUGUGGGAACUGUGCUCAGGGCCGAGAGCUGAGUCCCUGUGGGGAAAUAUUAACCUCCUCCAGGCCAUCUCUGGCUGAACUCUGUUAUUUCUGAAACUGGUGCCACAUCAUCAUUUCUGCCUGCAAAUAUGGUCCAAGGUGCCCAUGGCCCAAAGCCUUCAAGUGGAACCAUUUGUGCUAUUGCAACCUGGCUAACAUGAUUAACUAGGGACUCACCUCGACACUGCUGCCAGGCUCCUACCAAUAUGUGACCAAGGCUGGCCAGCGUCAUGUGCCUGGAGAUCCCCUCCACCAGUGCUGGGAGAGCUUGAGGAGGCAGCUCCCAGCCUGGCACCUGGAACAGCUGGAUUACAAGUAUUUGAGUAACGCCCAUCCCUUUGCCCCAGGGUUAGCCUGGUCCUGAGUUUUGUUUCCUGGGUGGUACAGACGUGUGUGUUCCCAGCCAGACAGUGCCAGGUUUGUGAAUGGGGUGUACAAGGUGUAUGAACAGUAAAACAUUUGUUCCUUGGCCAUUCAUUAUGUUGUGCAACGUUUUGCUUGGGUUUGCAACCCUGACAUGGCACCAGGCAGCAGUCUCUAUUUAUUUAGCUGUGCAGAGAGCUCACCCAAAACUCCUUGCGGGAAGCUGCAGUCAAAAGAAGAGACAAACAUCAGGACUCAUGAGGGGGAAAUCAUGGAGCAAUGUGAAGAGCAUCACCAGGUCCCAGCUGGCUGCAGCCUGCAGACCUGGUCACAGACAGGCAUCCUAAAGCUGCACAGUCUGGAGGAGGCACCUGGAAAUGGACCCUGCUGCAAACAGCUCUGCAGUGGCAAGAGACUGCUCAGACUGGGCUAGCUGUCCAAAGAGAUGAGCCAGGAGGACUAGAAGUACCAAGUGGCCUGGAAAGAGAAAGCAGGGGUCUUGCUCUCCAUGUCUCAUGACUGUCAGUGAAAUGUUAAUAUGGUAAAAAGUCACUGAGACCAAGAAUCUAAUGGGAUUCCAGGCUGGUCAUUUAUGGAGAGAAUAUUAGGUUUAAUUAAAGCAAAAAUUUCCCGAGAGA